CCCUGACCCCCGACCCCCGCCGGCCGGCCCCCAGCCCCAGCCCCGGAGGGAGCUCAUGGGAGUAUGAAGGAGAUGGUAGGAGGCUGCUGCGUAUGUUCGGACGAGAGGGGCUGGGCCGAAAACCCGCUGGUCUACUGCGAUGGGCACGCGUGCAGCGUGGCCGUCCACCAAGCUUGCUAUGGCAUCGUCCAGGUGCCAACGGGACCCUGGUUCUGCAGGAAAUGUGAAUCUCAGGAGCGAGCAGCCAGGGUGAGAUGUGAGCUGUGCCCACACAAAGAUGGGGCGUUGAAGAGGACUGACAAUGGAGGCUGGGCCCACGUGGUGUGUGCCCUCUACAUCCCGGAGGUGCAGUUUGCCAACGUGCUCACCAUGGAGCCCAUUGUGCUGCAGUAUGUGCCUCAUGAUCGCUUCAACAAGACCUGUUACAUCUGUGAGGAACAGGGUCGGGAGAGCAAAGCCGCCUCAGGAGCCUGCAUGACCUGUAACCGCCACGGUUGUCGACAGGCUUUUCAUGUCACCUGUGCCCAGAUGGCAGGCCUGCUGUGUGAGGAGGAGGUGCUGGAGGUGGGCAACGUCAAGUACUGCGGCUACUGCAAGUACCACUUCAGCAAGAUGAAGACAUCCCGUCACUCCAGCGGGGGAGGAGGAGGAGCAGGAGGCGGUGGCAGCGGUGGAGGUGGCAGCGGUGGUACCAGCGGUGGUGUAGGUGGCACAGGGGGAGGCGGCGGCAGCAGUAACAGCUUCCUUACUGGCAGAAGAAGUCGGUCGGCCUCACCAUCCACCCAGCAGGAGAAGCACCCUACCCACCACGAGAAGGGCCAGAAGAAGAGUCGAAAGGACAAAGAACGCCUUAAACAGAAGCACAAGAAGCGGCCUGAGUCCCCCCCCAGCAUCCUCACCCCGCCUGUGGUCCCCACUGCUGAUAAGGUCUCCUCAGCUACGGCUUCCUCCCACCAUGAGGCCAGCACUCAGGAGACCUCUGAGAGCAGCAGGGACUCAAAGGGGAAGAAGUCUUCCAGCCAUAACCUGAGUCAUAAGGGGAAGAAACUGAGCACUGGGAAAGGUGUGAGCAGUUUUACCUCCACCUCCUCCUCUUCCUCCUCCUCCUCCUCCUCUUCCUCCUCUGGGGGGUCUUUUCAGCCUGCAGGCUCCUCCUUGCAAAGCUCUCCUGACUUCGCAGCAUUCCCCAAGCUGGAGCAGCCUGAGGAGGACAAGUAUUCCAAGCCCACAGCCCCCACGCCGCCAGCCCCUCCCUCGCCCACGGUCCCUGAGCCUCCGAAGGCUGACCUCUUGGAGCAGAAGGUGGUCUUCUCUGGCUUUGGGCCCAUCAUGCGCUUCUCUGCCUCCACCUCCGGCUCCAGCCGGGCCCGCGCCCCCUCGCCUGGGGACUAUAAGUCACCCCAUGUUUCAGGGGCUGGGGCCUCAGCAGGUACCCAUAAGCGGAUGCCUGCACUGAGUGCCACCCUCGGACCUGCUGAGGAGGCCCCUGAGACAGGCCUGAAGGAGAAGAAGCACAAAGCCAGUAAGAGGAGCCGACAUGGGCCAGGCCGUCCUAAGGGCAACCGAGGCAAAGAGGGUGCCACAGGCCCGGCUGCCUCCCUUCCUGGGGCUCAGCUGGCUGGUUUUACUGCCACUGCUGCCUCACCCUUCUCUGGAGGUUCCCUGGUCAGCUCUGGCCUUGGGGGUCUGGCCUCCCGGACUUUUGGGCCUUCGGGAAGCUUGCCCAGCCUGAGCCUGGAAUCCCCUCUGCUGGGGGCAGGCAUCUACACCAGUAAUAAAGACCCCAUCUCCCAUGGGGGAGGGAUGCUGCGGGCUGUCUGUAGCACUCCCCUCUCUUCCAGCCUGCUGGGGCCCCCGGGGACCUCAGCCUUGCCCCGCCUCAGCCGCUCCCCGUUCACCAGCACCCUCCCAUCCUCUUCUGCUUCCAUCUCCACCACUCAGGUGUUUUCUCUGGCUGGCUCUACCUUCAGUCUCCCUUCUUCCCACAUCUUCGGAACCCCCAUGGGCACUGUUAACCCCCUCCUCACCCAAGCCGAGAAUAGCCACACAGAGCCAGACUUAGAAGACUGCAGCUUCCGGUGUCAUGGGACCUCCCCCCAGGAGAGUCUCUCUUCCAUGUCUCCCAUCAGUAGCCUCCCUGCACUUUUCGACCAGACAACACCGGCACCUUGUGGGGGUGGCCAGUUAGACGCCACAGCCCCGGGAACAACUAAUAUGGAGCAGUUGCUGGAGAAGCAGGGCGAUGGAGAGGCUGGUGUCAACAUUGUGGAGAUGCUGAAGGCCCUGCAUGCACUGCAGAAGGAAAACCAGCGGCUGCAGGAGCAGAUCCUGAGCCUGACAGCCAAGAAGGAGCGACUCCAGAUCCUCAAUGUGCAGCUCUCCGUGCCCUUCCCUGCUCUGCCUGCUGCCAUGCCUGCCACUAAUGGCCCUGUCCCAGGGCCCUAUGGGCUGCUUCCUCAAGCAGGCAGCAAUGACUCCUUGAGCACCAGCAAGAGCCCUCCAGGGAAGAACAGCCUUGGGCUGGACAAUUCCCUGUCCACGUCUUCCGAGGACCCACACUCAGGCUGCCCGAGCCGUAGCAGCUCAUCGCUGUCCUUCCACAGCACGCCCCCACCGCUGCCCUUGCUCCAGCAGAGCCCUGCUACUCUGCCCUUGGCCCUGCCUGGGGCCCCUGCCACGCUCCCACCCCAGCCACAGAAUGGGCUGGGCAGGGCACCCGGAGCAGCGGGGCUGGGGGCCUUGCCCAUGGCUGAGGGGCUGUUAGGUGGGCUGGCAGGCAGCGGGAGCCUGCCUCUCAAUGGGCUUCUGGGGGGGUUGAAUGGGGCCGCUGCUCCCAACCCUGCAGGCUUGAGCCAGGCUGGCGGGGCCCCCACGCUUCAGCUGCCAGGUUGUCUCAACAGCCUGACAGAGCAGCAGAGGCACCUCCUUCAGCAGCAAGAGCAGCAGCUGCAGCAGCUCCAGCAGCUCCUGGCCUCUCCACAGCUGACCCCAGAACACCAGACUGUGGUCUACCAGAUGAUCCAGCAGAUUCAGCAGAAACGGGAGUUGCAGCGGCUGCAGAUGGCUGGGGGCUCCCAGCUGCCCAUGGCCAGUCUGCUGGCUGGAAGCUCCACCCCGCUGCUGUCCGCGGGCACCCCUGGCCUGCUGCCCACAGCAUCAGCUCCACCCCUGCUGCCUGCUGGAGCCCUGGUGGCCCCUUCACUCGGCAGCAAUACAAGUCUCAUGGCUGCAGCAGCUGCGGCUGCAGCAGUAGCAGCAGCAGGCGGACCUCCAGUCCUCACUGCCCAGACCAACCCCUUUCUCAGCCUGCCCGGGGCAGAUGCCAGUGGGAGUGGCCCUAAAGGAGGGACCGCUGACAAAGGAGCCUCAGCCAGCCAGGAAAAAGGCUAAUCUGCCCCUCUCCCUCCUGACCCCUACAUGGCUUGAGGGGCUUUUCCUGGAAUGGGUACUUGGGCCCAGACUCUGCAGAGCCAGGCCCAGAGCCUGUGCUGAUGUCCAGGGAGUGUGUGCCUGGAGUUCCAGGUGCUGUGGAGAGGGACUGGAGGGGAGCCCUUCCACUUGGCCAAUUCCCUCACUGCACUGGCUGCUUCAGGAGAGAGGAUCAGGGGAAGACAGGCUCCAAGCCUGCCCAAGGGCCCACAUCCUCUGCAGAUGCCUAGGGGCCCCCAAAGAGCAAAGUAGGUCGUGGCAUAGGAAGUGGAGAGUUGGUUGACCUACCACAUAAACCAGUCAGCACUUGAAUGGGGAAGGUGAAGGGUGGUCCCGGGCCUAUCCCUGUGUGGAAAUUCCUUAUGGAAAAAGGGCUGGUCCCAGGUGACUUCAGUUUCUUCCCAGCAGAAGGGAUCCCUUUGACUGUUUCUCAUCAUCCCUCCCCGCUAAGGGUCACAAGCUGAGCUUGGAAAAGCCUACAGAUGUGGGGGGCUGAGGAAGGGCAGGAUAGCACCUCUUGGGGCCUCAUGAUGGGGCUGGGCAGGGGGGAGUCCCUCGUUGUCCUUGGUGUCCUGCCCCUUUUUGCACUAUUGGCUUGAGGAGUGCCGAGGGUGGGGAGAGGGAGCUGCCUGACUCCACAGAGCAUGAGAGAGUGUGUGUGCGCGAGUGAGUGUUUUGUGUGUGUGUGUGUGUGUGUGUGUGUGUGUGUGUGUGUGUGUGUGUGUGUUGAAUGGUCAGUCUGUUUAACCUGUCUGUCUGUCACCUCUUUCUCUGGAUCUGGGGCAGCCAAGGGCAAGAACAGGCUCAGUGGCCAGUACCAGAGCAGGAGUUCCUAGCUCUUGCAGCCACUAUCCCCCAACCAACUCUGGUCCUUUUCCAGGGCAUGAAUGGUUAACUUAAAAGAAACCACAGUACUCCAGUAUUGGAGCAUUCCUGGGGGCUGGGGGCUCUGAAUCAGGGUACUAUCCUACCUUCCCUCCUUUGGACCCCACUCCAUCUCAGGGCCCCCUCAGGGCCUCCUCCCCCAAGUAGUUUGAUCUUUCCUGGCACAAGAGACUAGGGGAGGGGUAAAUGCCGCUUCUUAGCAAAAGUCUCCCUCUCAGAGGAAGCUAGCCUGCCUCUUGAGCCCCACUUUCACCAGCUAGUAGAGCCAUUUGAGCUAACAACUGUCCCUUUCACCCACCAGCUAUUUUCCAGGGUGUACUAGUGGGUGGCAGAGUCAGUCUGCCCGAGGCCAUUGUGAAAAAGAUGUUGAGUGGGACAUGGGAGCGCCGUGGAGGCCUAUGUCCCUUUGGUUGCACUGGCUGGGACUGAGGGUCAGUCCCGGUUCCCCCAAUGUUCACGCCUGUGGGUCUCUUUUGCAUGUGUGCAUUUUGGUGUGUUUCUGUUUGGGUUUUGUUAUUGGGGUUUUUGUUGUUGUUUUUUUUUUUAAAUAAAAAAGAUGUGUAUAUUUUUGGCAAUGACAGAAACGUAGUGCAGAUAUAUUUUUGCCUGUGCUGCUCAACUGUUGUUUUUUUCUGAUAUGAAAAAUACUAUUAAUAUUCCCAUUGAUAAGACUUUGUAAGAUAUUAGGGUGGGUUGGGAACCUUCAGAGGCAAAUUAUUUGGCACUAGGAAGGAUUUUUUUGGGGACAGUUGGGAUGACAUCAAAAAUACUUUUCUAACUGCUUAAUAUCAGAAAGACAUCAUUUUCAUCUUUUCAGCUCUUUAACUCCUUGUUUUAAAGCCAGUGAUUAUCCAGAUUCUUAGACGACUUGCUCAUCCAGGCCCACCCUGUUGCCCCAGCCACCAUUCAGAGCCAAGUAGCCUCUGCUGUGAUAUCUGAAAAGUCAACACAUGUGGAACAGGAGUUCUGGGUGCCCUGGACCAGCUGCUCCCUGGCCCCAGUCACUCUGAUCUCUGGAAGUCUGGUCUCAACUUUCCAGAGCUCUUUUUCCUACUUUGGGCCAGGAUGCGCUGGCAGGUAGUCAGGUUAGAUUUGCUGAGAGCUCUUGGGCCUUGCAUGAAUUGGUGCUGCUCUUUUUUAGUUUUGUUUGUUCGUUUUUUGUUUUUGUUUGUUUGUUCUGAAAACAAGGUUUCUCUGUGUAGCCUUGGCUGUCCUGGGACUCUCUGUAGACCAGGCUAGCCUGGAACUCAGAGAUCCGCCUGCCUCUGCCUCCUGAGAGCUGGGAUUAAAGGCGUGCACUGCCACCACUACUUGGUGGUGUUGCUCCUUAUAGUGAGACAUGAGGGAAGCUGUGACACUUCUUGGUAUGCAGCUUCACAGGGGAAAUUAUGGAGAUCCUCAAAAGGGAACAGAAUACUGCAGAAUGCCAGGAUGGCCUCACAUCUUCAGCCUUGGUCCUUUUUUUUCCCCCCCUGAGACAAGGCCUACUCUAUUAUAUAGCUCUGGCUAUCCUGGAACUUGCUAUGUAGACCAGGCUGGCCUCAAAAUCACAGAGCUCUGCCUGCCUCUGCCUCCUGUGUGCUGGGAUUAAAGGUAUAUGCCACCAUGUCUGGCUUUGGUCCAUUUUUUGAUAAAUAUCUUUCAUGGGGUGAGGGGAAAGAUGCAGAUUUGGAGCCAUCUCUGUCUGGGGGAGGGGAAGGAUGUGGUUUGCAGAGCGGAAGUGGAGUCUGAGAACGCAUGAGUGGAUUUUAAUGUCACCACCCUCAGUGAGAAGAGAUGAGUGAGUAAUGCAUGCUGAGUCUGUGCCUACCAAGGAGAAGGGGGGCUUACAGCUAGUGGAUAUCGGUGCUAGAAGGGACUCAGCUGUAUUUACGGGUCAUUGGAGCUGGCUUUACAGGUCACUGCUCUGAGCCUAGGAGGGACAGGUACUCAGCGACAGCAGUCAUGAGCCACAGUACCUAGCCUGGUCAUUCCUGUUCCAUUGCCCAGUCUUUUGGCUGCAGCUGUUUGACUGGCUGUCCCUGUGUGUGUGGCGUGUGUGUCAUGGUGUGGUUGUGAGUGUAGGGUUGUGCCCAUGAUGGGAAGGUAUCUAUGUAGCACUGACUGUCUUAGCUCUGAGCUGACGAAUCCUCUCCAUAGACAAUGACACUUUAAGGGUUGCCUUUAAAAAAAUAAAUUGUAUCUCCCCAUUCCUUAUCCCUCAUCCCAGCUUGUGGGUUCCCCCCCAGGCUCCUGGGUCUACUGCUGCCCCUAGGUACCCUGAUCUUGAGGCUGGUGACCUUUCCUAUGUUGAAAGCCCAGGGAGUGCCCACCCUAGACUCCUAGAAGGGCCUAGACAAAUGAGGGGAGCCCAAAGGCUAACAGUUGCAUUUCCCUUUCCCAAACCGGCAAUGCUGACAGGUUUUCAAAGACACAGGCUCCCCCUGCUACUUCUUUUAAAAGUGCAGUGGGCCAAAGGGAGUAGCAGGCAGCUGGUUCCUGGGGAGAGGUGUCCAGAAGGAUGGAGGUAACUUCACCAGGAUCUUGGAGGAAGGUGGGGUCAGGGAGCCCUCUGAUCCCUCUGAUCCCUCCUGGAUUGUAGGUGUGUUUAAGUUUCCACCAGACCACCUUGCCCUGACCUAUUGAAGAGUUGGGCACUGAGGGUGCCCCCAUUCUUCUGUGUUCACUUUCUCAGCCCCCCUUGGCACUGAAGACUAAACUCUGGCUCCCUUCCUUCCAUCCCAGCCUGUUUCCAUGUAGCAGACCCUUCCUAGGUGAGCAAGGAAGGGAAGCCACAGAUUGCAAACCCAGGAGCUCAGUUUUCAUUCUUUCUGAAACCUCUAUAUCCUCAGUCCAAGCGGCAGUGUUCCCUUGCGACCUCCAAGCCUGGAAUUGUGCAUAGCCUGGGUCAUGUAUCUUUGUAUAACGGAUGUUAUUUGUACGAAGGGCAGUUCGUAAACAGCACUUGUUCUUUUAAUAAAAGAAUGUUUUACUAAAAAAUCAAA